GAGGCUUGCCUGAGGCUGAACAGCGAUCAUAGACUGCGAUCCCCUUUGACCGCAGCCUUGCGACUUGCGAAUCGACCUCCCGGAUCCCUUCUCCUCCUGCACCAAACGUCCAGUCUCUUACUCCUCGUCGGCUCGGCUCUAAGAGCCGCCACACACAACACACCGGCAUCAUGGCCACUCCCGUCGACACAUUGCGGUCUCUGCUCUUCUCCAACCCCGUCGCCGCGACAAUAGGAGAUGCCGUCAACUACUUCUCCGAGCGGAGGGCAAAGCUGGGCCUGUCCAACCCCGGCACAAUAGAGAACCUGUCCAAGGAAGUCCAGCGCGAUGUCUUCCUCAACAACUACAUGUUCACUGGCAUCCGCGCCGACCUCACAAAGAUCUUCAGCAUGGCGCCGCUGUUCCAGGUCUCCCACCAGUUUGCAAUGGGCGAACGCAUCAACCCGUACACCUUUGCCGCCAUGUACGGCACCGGCAAGGUCUUCUGCCAAGGCAACGUCGACAAUGAAGGCUCCCUCUCCGGACGCUUCAACUACCGAUGGACCGACAAGCUCGUCUCCAAGUCCCAGCUCUCCAUCUCCCCCGGCGGCCAAGACAUGGCCCAGUUCGAGCACGAGUAUACCGGCGAUGACUUCAGUGCGUCUCUCAAGAUGCUCAACCCCUCUUUCCUCGAAGGCGGCGUGACCGGCAUCUACAUCGGAAGCUACCUGCAGUCCAUCACUCCCAAGCUCGCUCUCGGUCUGGAAACCCUCUGGCAGCGCCCUGCUCUGACCCAGGGUCCCGAAUGUGCCGUCUCCUACUGUGCUCGCUACAAGACAUCCGACUGGGUCGCCACCGCUCAAUUGCAGGCCGCUAUGGGCACUGUCAAUGCCUCGUACUGGCGCAAGCUGUCCGACAAGGUCCAGGCUGGUGUUGAUCUGAGCCUCGGUCUUGUUCCCUCUCCCGGCGGCCUGAUGGGCGGUGGUCUGCAGAAGGAGGGCGUCACCACCAUUGGCGCCAAGUACGAUUUCCGCAUGUCUACUUUCCGAGCCCAGGUCGACUCCAAGGGCAAGCUGAGCUGCCUCCUGGAGAAGCGCGUGGCCCCUCCCGUCAUGAUGACCUUUGCUGCCGAUAUCGACCACUUUACGCAACAAGCCAAGCUCGGCCUCGGUGUCUCCAUUGAGGCUGCUCCCGAGGAGCUUCAGGAUCAGCAGGAAGCUCUCGGCAGCCAGACUCCCCCCAACAUCCCCUUCUAAACACACAACGACUGGAGAAGCCCACCGCAGCGCAGAUUCCCCAACGACGACUUGGUUGAAGUACAACUAAUGUAGUAGGACCGCUGGCCACUAUAGGGCGGGUUGAAUUAUCUCGCCGUCUCAAACACGACUUGUCUGAUUAGCACGAGGAAAAAGAACACCGCUCUUACCUGAUGACGAUAUCGUUUCCUG